GUCCUAUGUACACAUAUACACAUAUAGGGGCGUAUCUAUUCCAUACAGCGGGAGCCUGGCAAUAGAAGGGGUUUGGCUGCUCCUAAGCUCGGGUUGCCCUCAGUCAACAUGGCGGGCGAAGGAAACUGACUGGUCACGUGAUUACGAAGGAAUUGCGACAGCCAACGGCUCGCUGUACGGCUGAGUGUGGCAGAGGCUGCCAGGAGAGCCCGAGAGACCUGAGAAAAUGCCGCACUUUAAGUUGACGACGCAAGCCUACUGCAAGAUGAUGCUGCACGGCGCCAAGCACGCGGCCUGCGCUAUGAACGGCGUUCUGGUGGCCGAGAAGCUCCGGCGCAGAGAGAGCCAACACCAGGUCCUGUUUGUGGACUGCAUUCCGCUCUUCCAUGGGACCAUUGCGCUCUCCCCGGUGCUGGAGGUGGCUUUAACCCUGAUUGAUACUUGGUGCAAUGAGAACGGUUAUGUGAUCGCUGGGUACUACCAAGGCAACGAACGUCUCAAAGAUAACAGUCCUAACCAGGUUGCAGAGAAAAUCGCUACACGAAUCGCUGAGGGUUAUAGUGAUGCUGCUCUGAUAAUGGUGGACAAUGCAAAGUUCACAGUGGAAUCCCUAGUCCCUUCAAUCCAUGUGUAUGAGCACCACGACAACCGAUGGAAAGCUAAAGACACACAUGAGGAAGUGUUUGAGGACUGGCCAGAAGCUCAGAGGAUCACCGCCUCCCUCAUGGACAGCCGAUCCUACGAGACUCUGGUGGAUUUUGACGGCCAUCUUGAUGACUUGCGGAACGACUGGACCAACCCUGAGAUCAAUAAGGCGAUCAUCCAUCUAUGCUGAGGUCAGUCGGUCAUCCGUCGGCCCGAGCUAUGCAAGGUGAUGCUGGGAUGUGGAAAAGGUCACACAGGGAACUUCUUUUACCACAUUUUGGAGGUGCCGCUCCAGACGGCGAAACGAUGGGAAUGCCGCAGACUGGCAGGAAACCACCCGAUUUUUACAUCCGUCCGUGUCCUAAAGAGCGGAGAACCAGCCUGUACUUCUUAAAGGACUUCAAAAUAAUUUUUCUAUGAUCUCCAAAAAGUUUAAUUUUUAAGCGGGUUCUCCCAACUCCCCAUCCCCCGAGGCGGGAAGUUUGGGAGGCAAAGUUAAUCCUAAUGUUGUAGUUUAAUUAUCUGUUUGUAUUGAUGAGAAUUUGAAAUAAUCCCUCACCGCUGGUAAUCACAUGGUCUUAAUAUUGGAUCCUAGGCUCGGAGUUUUUGAAAUUAUGGUUGUAUUUUACACAAAACAGAAAUAGACAUUUAUUUAAGAUGGGCUGCUGGGACUUUUAAUGCGGCCAACAUCAAUCCUAUUCUAGAAAAGUCUUUUAUAUGGAGAGAAUAUCGCUACUUGGCUGCCGCAGGUUCUUAAUCAUCCCCCAUGUUAUAUUUAUAAAGCUUUGUGUUGACUUUGAGGAUUGCGGCCUUCUGUCCCCCCCCCCCAUUACCCCUUUUCCUUCUCUGUUGCAGUUCUGUCCUGUCUGAGCCCCACACAAGUCUUACACUGAGCGUCAGAUCACGUUUGUUUUCCUUCUAGAAAAUAAAAUGAACUAAUCUCACA